AUGGCAUUCUAUGCCACAGUGCAUCAAAUCAACAAUCAGCUGGUUAUGGUUACGGCGCAAAACGAAAGUUCAAUUAGUCUGCAAGGUUAUAGAUAUAACUACGGCAUUAUGGAACAUCACCUCGAACCGGUUACAGUGUUGCUCAUAGGCUGGCUCGAUCAGCAGUCAGACUUCAGCAAAUCCAACAGUUUUCUAAAGGUUGGCCAUGGAUCCGUUGUGGAUUUUUCUGUUGUGCAUGCCUCUAUGGUGGUUGUAUCGGUUGAAGAUGCAGUAGUUGAAGUUGCGUCUGUUGAGGGUGAAGCGGUUGAGGAAGAAGGCGCGCUAGUUGAGGAUGCUUUUGUUGAGGACGCAUCUGUGUAUGCAUUAGUUGAGGAUGCGCCAGUUGAGGAUGCUCCGGUUAAAGGUGCAACAGUUGAAGACGCGGCUGUGGAGAACGUAUCGGUUGAAGCUGCACCAGUUGAGGAAGCAUUAUUUGACGAUGCAUCAGUGGAGGAUGCCUCGGUUGAAGGUACGCCUGCUUCGGUUGAAGACGCGUCUGUUGACGACGCUUCGGUUGAGGACGCAGGAGCUCUUGUAGACUCUACAUCUGAAGAUGCAUUAGUUGAGGAUGCGUCAGUUGAAGAUGCAUCAGUGGGAUAUGCUUCGGUUGCGGACGCAGGAGCUGUUGUAGAUUCUACAUCUGUGGACGCAUCAGUUGAGGAUGCGUCAGUUGGAGAUGCAUCGGUGGAGGAUGCGUCAGCUGAGGAUGCGUCAGUUGAGGAUGCUUCAGUUACAGAUGCGUCAGAUGAGGAUGCAUCAGUUGAUGAAGCCUCUGUUGAGGAUGCAUCAGAUGAAGGUACCUCAGUUGAGGAUGCUUCGGUGGAGGAUGCGUCAGCUGACGAUGCGUCAGUUGAGGAUGCUUCAGUUACAGAUGCGUCAGUUGAGGAUGCAUCAGUUGAUGAAGCCUCGCUUGAGGAUGCUUCAGUUGGAGAUGCGUCGGUUGAGGAUGCAUCAGUUGAAGUUGCAUCAGUUGAGGAUGCUUCGGUUGCGGAGGCGUUAUCUGAAGAUGCGUCAGUUGAGGAUCCUUCAGUUACAGAUGCGUCGGUUGAGGAUGCAUCAGUUGAAGAUGCGUCUGUGGAGGAUGCUUCAGUUGGAGAUGCGUCGGUUGAGGAUGUAUCAGUUGAAGGUGCAUCAGUUGAGGAUGCUUCGGUUGAGGAGGCGUCAGCUGAAGAUGCGUCAGUUGAGGAAGCUCCGGUGGAGGAUGCGUCAGCUGAGAAUGCGUCAGUUGAGGAUGCUUCAGUUACAGAUGCGUCAGAUGAGGAUGCAUCAGUUGAUGAAGCCUCGGUUGAGGAUGCAUCAGUUGAAGGUGGCUCAGUUGAGGAUGCUUCGGUGGAGGAUGCGUCAGCUGAGGAUGCGUCAGUUGAGGAUGCUUCAGUUGAUGAAGCCUCGGUUGAGGAUGCUUCAGAUGGAGAUGCGUCGGUUGAGGAUGCAUCAGUUGAAGAUGCAUCGGUGGAGGAUGCUUUAGCUGAGGAUGCUUCGGUGGAGGAUGCGUCAGUUGAGGAUACUUCAGUUACAGAUGCGUCAGUUGAGGAUGCAUCAGCUGAGGAAGCCUCAGUUGAGGAUGCAUCAGUUGAAGGUGGCUCAGUUGAGGAUGCUUCGGUGGAGGAUGCGUCAGCUGAGGAUGCGUCAGUUGAGGAUGCUUCAGUUGAUGAAGCCUCGGUUGAGGAUGCUUCAGAUGGAAAUGCGUCGGUUGAGGAUGCAUCAGUUGAAGAUGCAUCGGUGGAGGAUGCUUCAGCUGAGGAUGCUUCGGUGGAGGAUGCGUCAGUUGAGGAUGCUUCAGAUGGAGAUGCGUCGGUUGAGGAUGCAUCAGUUGAAGAUGCAUCGGUGGAGGAUGCUUCAGUUGAGGAUGCUUCGGUGGAGGAUGCGUCAGUUGAGGAUGCUUCAGUUGAUGAAGCCUCGGUUGAGGAUGCUUCAGUUGGAGAUGCGUCGGUUGAGGAUGCAUCAGUUGAAGAUGAGUCUGUGGAGGAUGCUUCGGUGGAGGAUGCGUCGGUUGAGGAUGCAUCAGUUGAAGGUGCAUCAGUUGAGGAUGCUUCGUUUGAGGAUGCGUCAGCUGAAGAUGCGUCAGUUGAGGAUGCAUCAGUUGAUGAAGCCUCGCUUGAGGAUGCUUCAGUUGGAGAUGCGUCGGUUGAGGAUGCUUCAGUUACAGAUGCGUCAGAUGAUGAUGCAUCAGUUGAAGAUGCGUCUGUGGAGGAUGCUUCAGUUACAGAUGCGUCAGAUGAUGAUGCAUCAGUUGAUGAAGCCUCGGUUGAGGAUGCUUCAGAUGGAGAUGCGUCGGUUGAGGAUGCUUCAGUUACAGAUGCGUCAGAUGAUGAUGCAUCAGUUGAAGAUGCGUCUGUGGAGGAUGCUUCAGUUACAGAUGCGUCAGAUGAUGAUGCAUCAGUUGAUGAAGCCUCGGUUGAGGAUGCUUCAGAUGGAGAUGCGUCGGUUGAGGAUGCUUCAGUUACAGAUGCGUCAGUUGAGGAUGCAUCAGUUGAUGAAGCCUCGCUUGAGGAUGCUUCAGUUGGAGAUGCGUCGGUUGAGGAUGCAUCAGUUGAAGAUGAGUCUGUGGAGGAUGCUUCGGUGGAGGAUGCGUCGGUUGAGGAUGCAUCAGUUGAAGGUGCAUCAGUUGAGGAUGCUUCGGUUGAGGAUGCGUCAGCUGAAGAUGCGUCAGUUGAGGAUGCAUCAGUUGAUGAAGCCUCGCUUGAGGAUGCUUCAGUUGGAGAUGCGUCGGUUGAGGAUGCUUCAGUUACAGAUGCGUCAGAUGAUGAUGCAUCAGUUGAAGAUGCGUCUGUGGAGGAUGCUUCAGUUACAGAUGCGUCAGAUGAUGAUGCAUCAGUUGAUGAAGCCUCGGUUGAGGAUGCUUCAGAUGGAGAUGCGUCGGUUGAGGAUGCUUCAGUUACAUAUGCAUCAGAUGAUGAUGCAUCAGUUGAAGAUGCUUGA